UGCAACCAUGACGACAGGGCUCACCGCAGGGCUCACCUCGCUCGACCUGUUCAACGAGCUACAGUCCCGCAAGAACUGGCCGCACGGCGGCCCUCCGCUCGUCCUGGAUCUGCGUUCCGUCGAGAGCUUCUCCGAGCGCCGCAUCCGCGGCUCGCACCACGCCGUCGUUGGCGAGGAUGGCGUGCUCACCACGCCCGAGCGCGCGGCGUGGGCGGGGCGUACGGUGGUGCUGGUCGCGGAUGACACGGAGCAGGCCUCCGCCGCGGCGGCCUCCCUCCGCGGCGCCGGCGCCAAGCGGCCCCUCUUUCUCGCAGAGCCGUUUGCCGCGUUUGCGGCGGCUCGCCCGUUCCUGACCGCGGCGGGCAGCUCGUCCAAGGCGGGCAAGCGGCCGCCCGCGUACCCGUCGUGCAUUUUGCCCGGCCUCCUCUACCUGGGCGACAUCGAGGACGCCGUCGCGCUCCCGCGGCUCAAGGAGCAUCUCGGCGUCACCCACGCGAUCACCGCGCUGGCAGACCCUCCCGCGUCGCUCAAGGCAGCCGUGCGGGAGGCGGGAGUGAGGCACCUCUGGUGCGCGGUGCGCGACGUCGCCGCGGCCGACAUCAAGGAGCACUUUGACAAGGCUCGCGACUUCAUCGCCGACGCGGAGGCGCGCGGAGGCGCCGUCUUCGUCCACUGCUCUCGCGGCGUCUCCCGCUCCGCUUCGCUCGGCUUCCUCCGCUGCCUCGCCGAGUUCGAGCGCGAGCUGACGGGCGAGCGCUCUGGCGUGUACAUCCCACAGCAGGCGGGCGGGUCAGGCGGCGAGGAGCUCGACAGCUUGCCCAUCGGCGAGCACGCUGUCUACACGUUUGGCCGCUCGCUCACGUGCGACGUGCAGCUCGAGCACGCGUCGGCGUCGCGCGUGCACGCCGCGCUCGUCCACGCGCAGGAGACGGCGGGGCUUGCAGCCCCGCCGGCGGGGCUUGCAGCCCCGCCGGACGGCGGCCUCUACCUGCUCGACAUGAACUCGUCCCACGGCUCGUUUGUCGACGGCGCGAAGCUCAAACCGUGCGAGCGGUGCGGCCCGCUGCGCGACGGCUCCGAGAUCAGCCUCGGCGCUUCCUCGCGCCGCUACGUCGCGGCCGAGGCGGCGGAGGAGCUCGAGCGCAACCGCGAGAAAAAGCUGAAGAAGAAGCGGAAGCGGUGGGUGGACGGGCCAAAGCAGAAGAGCAAGAUUAACAGUGUCCGUUUUAGUUUACUCGCGCGCGUCAGCGAGCGCGCGAAGCGAAAUUCCAGCGGCGAGCAGUUCGGCCACACCGAACUGCUCGCCGCUGGAAUUUCGCUUCGCGCGCUCGCUGCCGCGCGCGAGUAA